GCCCUCAUUCACUCAGUCUGUCUCCGAGUCUCGCUACAGUGCAACGUUACGCUCCGCAUGGUAUUUUAUAUACCAAUGUACCGUGCAUAAAACUUAUAUUAAUAAAAACUUUACCAUUAUAUUAUUGUGAGACGUCUUCGUAACAAAAAUUAUUAAAAUCGAUUCAAAAUAAUUGUAAAAACUCCGUGCACGUAAAGGACACCGUACGAGGCAACAUGUUGAAGGUAGCGGCAGUGGGCCUGCUGGUCAUAGCGACUGUCAAUAGCCAGUGUUUCUACAAAGAUGACUCUUCGAAAAAACUCGACCCUGAAGCUCGCGUAUCGUUAUACCGAGGGCAGCUGGCAUUCACUCUGAACUUGUUCAACGCCAUUAACAAAGCUGUUCCCGACGACAACAUCUUCUUCUCGCCCUUCUCUGUUUACCACACUCUCAUGCUCGCCUACUUCUCCGCUGGUGGACAAACUGAACACUCCUUGAAGGAAUCUCUGCGGAUCGCUGAAAGUAUGGACAAGAUCAACCUGAUGACGGCAUACAAGGUUGACAAGCGGUCGCGCGCUGCCAACAACAACAGCGACAGCUACGAGUUCACGAGCGCCAACAAACUGUUCACAGACGUUAGCCUGGAAGUGCGCCAGUGCAUGCUGGACCUGUUCGGAGAGGAACUGGAGACACUGAACUUCCGCGAAGAUCCUAGUGCUGCUCGCACGUACAUUAACGACUGGGUCAGUCGGAUUACCAAGAACAACAUCAAGGACUUGAUACCUGAGGACGGUAUCACGCAGGCUACAAAGUUGGUGCUCGCUAAUGCUGCCUACUUCAAAGGAGUGUGGGCUUCCAAGUUCCCCAAAGAGAGGACAAAGAAGGAGGCCUUCUUUGUUUCGGAGACACGUCAGACUCUCGUACCGUUUAUGAAGCAGAAGGGAACGUUUCAUUAUAUGGUAAGCGACGAGCUCGGUGCCCAGAUCUUGGAACUGCCUUACAAGGGCAACGACAUCAGCAUGUACAUCUUACUGCCACCUUACUCUAUGAAGGAAGGUGUCACCAACAUUAUCGCGAACCUGACCCCGGAGCGCCUGGCCUCUGUCGUCGAAGAAGGUUACAUGGGUCGUGAGGUCAUUGUUGAAAUACCCAAGUUCACCGUCGAGAAGAGUCUGCCUUUAAGAGAUGUGUUGGAAAAAUUAGGAGUCGGCGACUUGUUCAAUGCGACAGCUGACUUCACCACGUUGUCGGAACAGCGUGGCAUUCUUUUUGACGAUGCCGUUCAUAAGGCGAAGAUACAGACUGACGAAGAAGGUACUGUAGCAGCUGCAGCAACAGCAAUCUUCGGCUUCCGUUCAUCAAGGCCUGCGGAGCCGACUCGGUUCGUGGCCAACUUCCCAUUCGUGUACCUCAUCUACGAACGUCCCACCAACUCUAUCCUCUUCAUGGGCGUCUACAGAGACCCCAAGAAGUAAACCAAAAGAACUGAACAUGUAUCAUAUGUGGAAUUUAAACUUUAUACAUACAUCAAAUAAGCUAUUUUUCAAUAUCAGAUCUGUUUGUACUUACAUAAGCACUGUACUGUAAACAAUUUCUUCGAUUUGACUUAUCUAUAUCUAUACUUCUAUACUUCUAUACUAACAUUAUAAAGAGGAAAAAAUUGUAUGUAAGUAUGUUUGUAACGAAUUGUCUCAAAAAGUACUAGAUCGAUUUUAAACAUUACUUUAUUAUUUGAAUGUUACAUUAUUGAUCACGGAUUAAUAUAGUUCAUUUAGUCCAUCCGUGCGAAGCCGAGCCAGACGGCUAGUUUUUAAAUACAACACACACACAUCGUCUCAACUGGAGUAUCUAUCGGUAGAUUUCUCGCUCUUGAAAUUCAAGAGUGAAUUACAUGACAACACACGAAUGACCGAAAGCAAAGAAGUUUAUUUGCUAUACAUUUGAAGUUAGAGUAACUAAUUAACUAUUUAGGUAGUGGUAUUUAGUACGUAAUGAAACUCGUUUCAAUUAGAUGUUACAUCCUUUCUUCGCCCAAAAAAUGUACCUAUUAAGCAAAUGAAAGCUGUUAUAGAUACUCCUUGUGAGCUAAUAUUUUGCUUAUAUAUCUCUUCAUUGACGAAUCAUGAUGUUAAAUUAUCUGCGGCAAUAAUAAUAAUUUAUGUAUAGUAUUUUUGUACUAUGUGAUAUCAAAACUAGAAAACUAGAGUAAAAACUCAGACAUGUGUUUAUCUGACACCAAUGCAGAUUUAAUUAUACCUAUUUGUUAAGCUACAGUUAAUUUAGAAUAGUUUUGUAUUUAUUUAUUUUACUCUAAGACAUUCAAGUGCAAGAGAUCUUGAAUAAUAUUGUUCAAUAAUUUCAUUGAAAUUAGGUCUGUUUGUAAAUUAAGAUGAAGCUUUAUGUUUUAUAGUGUUUUUUAUUAAGGUAACCUACGCGGAAUGUUUGUGAUUAAGUUUAUUAAAGUGAAAUGUCUUCACGACAUAAUCCAACA